GAGCACCGCGUUGCUGUCGCUUGCCGAGUUCCUGAAAACUGCUGACCCCCAUGCCACAUUGGGAGUCUUGACAGCCGCUGCCGGCCUGCCACAGUCCAUUUCCCCAGAGAUGACACAGGUUGUGAACGUGUUGAGCACGCUGGACCCUGCCAGCACCUUGACGACGCUGACAGCCUGCAGCCAGUUGCCAAACGGCAUCUCACAGGAGAUGCUGCAGCUUGCCGAGUUGCUGGGCAAGGUCGACACCAGCUCGGUCUUGGAAGCUUUGGGGCCGUUGGUGCACAAGACCCCGCCAGAGGACAUUCAGGAGGACGAGGCCGCCAAGAAGGUAGCAGAGGACGAGGCCGCCAAGAAGGCAGCAGAGGACGAGGCCGCCAAGAAGGCAGUAGAGGCAAAGGAGAAGCAGCGCUUAGAUGCUGCAGCGAAGGCGGCCGCGCUGCAG